AUGGGAGCCGAAGUCCAGCACGGCUGCUGGACGUCAGGCUGGGGAAAAAAAGGGGAAAGAGCAGAACCUUUGCUGAGGUCUGAGCUGUGCAAGCAGAUGAACUCAGCAACCGCACAUCUGAUUCGAUGUUUGCAGCACAUCCACAAGGUAAUCAGGAAGGCCAAUGAAAUCCUUGCAGGCAUCAGUCACCCAUCCGUCUGUAGAGAGGUGUUGCUUUCUGCACCCGGAACAGCCUACAUUUGGGGGCUGUCAGAGAUAUAUCAGAUCUCCAGGCGCUUGGGAGAGGCCAUGAAUGCUCGGAAAUUAGCAAGCGAGUUGGUAUUGCAAACGUUGCACGAGGUGGACUUAGCUUGGAAUAAUCUCCUGUCCUUUCUCGCGUUUGGUCGCUCUGCGUUUCAAGCGUUGCUUCGGCUGCCGGCGGCUGUGAGCGAGCCUUGCUUGGCGCUUCCAAAUGAUGGGGCUAACCACGUCUGCGGGGUUUGCCUCACAGUGGUAAAGCAAGAACCCCAGGUGCAUUUGGGAAACUUGGAUCCUAUCGUAUGCCAGGGAUUCUUCUACCAUGUCAGUUGUGCCAAUUUCUGGCUGAACUGUGUGGAUUCCACACUGCCAAGAGAGACCUGAUCCCCUUCUCCAAAUCUCUAUCCAUGCCAUUGUCCAACUGAUUGGUGGUGGGAUUGAGAAAGACCCCUCCUUUGCAGCUGGGCACAUUGGUUAAAUCUAAAAUCCUUUGUCUUGAAACACCCAGUUUCAAACUUCAAAAGUGGCUUUGUGUUAGAAAUGGGAUUUUUUCCCAAGCUUAUUGGAAGUGCAACAUUAUUCUGGAAAUGUGCCAGGUUGAAACAGCUCUGCCUCAAGUUGGGAGCAAAAGGUUUGGAGCCAGGAACAGUUCUGGGGUGGCCAGAGCGGGAUUCGAAUACAGUACUUACUUCUGGUGAGACCAGAAAAACCUGUUUUGAACUUGAAGUGUUUUGCCCCCCAGCUGGGAACGUGUGUUCGUUGGGACGACAAAAUAGCCUGGUAUCUUCUUCGGAUGUUUGCAGGGACAGAAGUCUCUUGGGAAGACCAAAAGCAAUGGCGUGGAAAUGUUUUCGUUAUUGUUUGUGAAAAAUAAUGCAUUUUUACGGGAGACAACGUAGCUGGGCCCUUUUAAGGAACUCCAAGCCCUGCUGUCAGGGUUCAGGAUGUCUUUCGCCAAAACUCAAGAGGCGGAAAUUGAACUAUAUCAGCUGUUUAAAUUGAUGCAUAUCUACUAAGAAGUAAGCCCCACCCAAUUCAGUGGAGCUUACGCCAGCGAAGGGCUAGUAGUAUUUCUGUCUGUAGUGACAGUGUAAGCAGGUCUUCGCAUGCAGUAGAAUACAGUGCUUAUCUACUCGGAGGUAAACCCCAUUGGCCUAUCUCAGGUAAAGCCUGGGAUAAAUGUCUGAAAGAACCAGGAAAAGAUCAUGCUAGCAAAUAAUAUUGCUUGUGCAGUCAGCAACUGAGUUUUGGCCAAGGCAUUGCUUUGCCCAGAUUGUGGGAGAUGCACCUCUAAGUGUAUGUGGUACCAGUCCCAUUUUGUCAGUUCCUGGAUAUUCCCCCCGC